GUGACGUUUAAAAUCCGUGCCAUCGUAAACACAAGAGGGAAGGUUCACAUUUAUAAGCAAUGGCACUCUUUCCAGCUUUUGCGGGAUUGUCAAGUGGAAAUUCAAAUAAUGAAAAACAAUCUAAAGGAUUGGAUUGGUUGAACAAUCAGAGUUUCAGCACCGAUGAAGCCCUAAGCCUGCAUCGGCGUGCCAUUGAGCAGACUGAGCCGGGGUCACAGAACUCUGAAAUCAGUUCUCCUGCUGUCCAAAAGCACAGAAAUGAGGAUGAGGAAGACGCCAAGGCAAAGAAAAGGAAAAAGAAGGAAAAGAAAAAGAAACAGAAGAAGCACAAAAAGAGGAGUAAAGCAGAAUCUGAGAGCAGUGGCUCUGAAUCGGACACAGUGUAUCCCAGUGACCUCUUGAAACAGGCUACGGACCCUUGCAGGCAGGAGGAGGAGGAGGAGUGCGUUUCUGGCUCCUUCGUCUGGCUGGACGACCUUCAGACCCCCACCGAUCGGCCGUUCUGCAUCGACAGGAAAGCGGACCCGGCAAACUGGGAGUACCGGUCCCUCUACAGAGCCGAUAUCGCCAGGUACAGACGGAAAGGGAGCUCAGCCCUGGGACUGAACCCUAAGACGCAGAGCGUGAGCUGGGCGGAGCCGGGCUCGGAGAAGAAGAAGACGGACAGGAAGGCGGACAGGAAGUCGGAGAGAUACUUCUCCCGCGGGGCCCGCCAGCUACUGGGCUCCAGGGGCCUCCCCGCCCGGCCCAGCGUCCCGGGGCCUGGGGCGAGCCUGGUUGCCGCCCACUUCAUUCCGGUCCCGCCCUGCGUCGAGGAGGAGGGGCAAGCCGGCCCCCGGGGCUCCUCCUGGGUCAACCCCCUGGGGGUGUACGACCCCUCCACCUCCCUGUGGCUCCAGGGCAAGGGCCCGGCGGAGCAUGAGAAGCAGCAGGAAGCGGGGCCCCCGGGGACCGCCGGGGACGGCGGCGCCUGUUCCCAGCUGGCCGCCCGCGUGGAGGACUUCAACAGGAGGCUGCGGGAGACCCCCACUGACACAGCCACCUGGCUGGAGUUCGUACGCUUCCAGGACGAGCUGACGGGCGGAGCCGGGUUCUUCGCGGGUAUGGAGGGCGAGCCGGACGGGCGGCGGAAGUCCCUGAGGAUGACCCUGGAGAAGAAGGUGUCCAUCCUGGAGAGGGCGCUGGAGAGCAACCCCACCAGCGUGGAGCUGAAGCUGGCCCGGCUGAAGCUGUGCCAGGAGCUGUGGGAGCCGGCCGCCCUGCUCAAAGAGUGGAAGAAGCUGGUCUUCCUGCACCCCAACGACGCCCCGCUCUGGAGGAGGUACCUGCUCUUCACCCAGAGCCAGUUCAGCACCUUCUCCGUGACGAAGGUCAACGGCGUCUACGGGAAGUGCCUGAGCACGCUGGGGUCCGUGCAGGACGGCAGCAUGCUCUCCCACCUCGCCCAGCCCGGCACGGAAGAGACCAUGCUGGAGAUCUUCCUGCAGCAGUGCCACUUCCUGCGGCAGGCGGGACACUCGGAAAAGGCCGUCUCUCUCUUCCAGGCCAUGCUGGACUUCACCUUCUUCAAGCCGGACAGCGUGAGAGAGCUUCCCACUAGGCAGCAGGUGGAGUUCUUUGAGCCCUUCUGGGACAGUGGGGAACCCCGUGUGGGAGAGAAGGGGGCGAGGGGCUGGAAGGCCUGGAUGCACCAGCAGGAGAGAGGGGGCUGGCUCGUGCCCAAUGACCCAGACGAUGAUGAUGACGAUGACCAGGAAGACUCUUCUGAGGUGAAGGAUAAGACCUGGCCCAAGUGGCGGAUCUGGUUGGACGUGGAGGCAUCCCGUGAGAGCAAUCAGUGGUUGCCUUGGAGGCCGGACAAAUCUAAGGGCCAGACAGAAGAGGACUGCGAGGAUCCUGACAGACAGGUCCUGUUUGAUGACAUCGGACCCUCCAUGAUCCGGCUCUCGGCUCCGGAGCACCGGUUCCAGCUGGUCUGCUGCUUCCUGCAGUUCCUGGGGCUCCCUGGGGAAAGCUGGUACCACGGGCCGUCCUGGAGCUCGCUGCUGGACGACACGUCUCUGCUGGAGGAGGGCCCGGGCGCAGAGAGGCUCCUGACCGCGGGCCACCUCCACGGCGCUGGGGUCAGUCCCGUGGGUCACAUGACCACGCUCGGCGGCGCCAGGAGGCAGACGGGCCUGUGCAAGGAGGGGGAGGAGUUUGUGCACCUCGUCCUGCAGCAGAUCUUGCCCCUGUGCUCGCCGCAGGAGAAAGCGCUUCUCUCUCUCUACUGGAUCCAGUACGAGAAACUCAAGGUGAUGAAGUGUGUCCAGAGCGGCAAUAAGAAGCGCCUGAGGUCUCAGGGGAAGAGGAGUAAAAAACUGGCCAAGCGGCUCCUGAAGGAGGAGGAGAACCGCGGCGACCUGGCCCUGUGGAGAGAGUACGCCCACCUGGAGUGGCUGCUGGGGAACCUGGAGGAGGCCAGGAAGGUGUUUGACACGGCCAUGGCGCUGGGCGCGGCUCGCGGCCUGAGGGACCCGGCGCUGUGCCGCCUCUGUCUGCUUUACGCCCAGCUGGAGGCGGAGGAGGCGCGGGGGGCGGCUCCCUGCACCUCCUCCCCGGCGGUGCACGCCCUGACCAAACUGGCCGAGGGCGGGGCCUACUCUCCCUUCACCGGCCAGGUGCCCCCCGUGGCCGUCCUGAAGGCCCGGAAGUCGUACGAGCAGGCCUUCCAAACGGCCCUGGAGCGCCGGGCGGGGUCUGCCCACGCCGGGAAGGGCGCCCGCGUGGCCGAGCUGGUCGGGUGCUUUGCGCUCUUCCAGUACCUGACCACGGGAGUCGAGGCCGCCGACAAGGUCUUCGGCCAGGCCCUGGACAGGCUGGAGGGGGUCGCGGACCCCGAUGGGGGGGCCGCCUCCGACUCCAGCGCCUGGGGUACCCCCUCCGAGCUGGAGUCCCUGUGCCUCAUGCAGGCCCUCCUGCUGCAGCACCACACCAGCACCAGCGUGUUCCCCCUGCGCCGCCUCCGGGAGACCCUGACCGCCGCCCUCUCCCGCUUCCCCGUGAACCCCCUCCUCUGGCGGCUCUACCUGCGGCUGGAGAGGAGGUACCACAGCGCCGGGCGGGCCCGCCGCUUCUUCCACACCGUCACCAAGGGCAGCCAGAGCGUCGUCCCCCGGCUCUUCGCCAUCUGCGCCGAGCAGAAGAGGAAAGAGCUGGUCAGCGCAGCGUUGAGGGCUGAUUGUUACGGGGAGGUUUUCUCCACCAUGCCGGAGAACGGGCUGAGCCACAGAAUCCGAGCUCUGUACGAAAACGCCAUCGCCUCAGAGCACGGGGCCCACUGCCCUCUCCUGUGGAGGAUGUACCUCCGCUUCCUGGUGUCAGAAGGGAACUCAGAGAGAGGUAGUGGCAUCUUGUACAAAGCCCUUCAGGAGAUCCCAUGGGUGAAGGGCCUGUACAUGGACGCGGUGCAGCUCUUCCCUGAUCGCGUGCAGGAGUUCCUGGACCUGAUGACUGAGAAAGAGCUGAGAUUGCGAGCGCCCAUGGAGGAGGUGGACAUCCUGCUGGAGGACUGAAGCCCUGAUCUGACCCUGCUCACAGUUCUGGGGCGCAAAAUACCUUUGACACUCAAAGCCUUGUGUGAAAAAAACACUAGCUUUUAAUAAGAGAGGUAUUGUUUUCUAUAACGGAAAGUGUGAUGUAUAGAUGGAAGUAUAUUUUCUUCUACCUAUUUGUAUUUUCUGUAAAUAACCUGAGUCGAAUAAAAAGAGAUUUGUUUUCUUA